AUGGUUCAAUUUGGCAAGAAACUGUUGGCGAAUCGAUACGAGCCAUGGGUGCCGUAUUAUCUGGACUAUCAAGGAUUGAAAGGUUGCUUGGGGCGCCUCAAGAAGUCACAAAAGCUCUUACAGCAGCAGCAGUUGCCAAGUAGCAGGAGCAUCAUCAACCACAUUGAAGUUCCUCCUCCCCCACCAGAGCAUGAUCAUGUCAGUUACCAAAACUCAAGUCAUCAUGACCAACUGGAGUUGGGAAGUCCUCCUGCACAUCAUCAUUAUGCCAGUAGUCCACUGGUUGCUGGAAGUCCCAUGUCCUAUGGAAGUCCUCAACUGAGUCGAGACAGUCAUUCAGAACACACACUAGCCACCCAACUUCCGUCGAAAGAAGACCGACGAGACUUUGAAACCUUUCUAGAAGAUGAAGUCGAAAAGAUUGGAUUGUUCUUUCUACAAAUCCAGGGCGAAAUCUCGGCAAAACUAGGUCAAGUGCGAAAGCAACAAUUCGAGUUCUUGAGAGACUGGGAAUUGCAACCGCCACCUGCCGCAGUGACAACUCACAAUGGCGUUGCUGCCACGGCUCUGGUAGAAUCUGGUUUUGCCGACCAGCAAGACGCCAAAUUCCAACAAUUUUACUCUGAUUAUCAUGGCUGUGCUGUGCAAUUGCUCCAUCUCAUCCACUUUGUAGAAUCCAAUGUCACGGGCAUUCGAAAGAUUCUCAAGAAACACGAUAAAGUCACCAAGCAACACUUGACCUACCAGUACCUUUCGUUCAAUGUACACCACAAGGAUCUAAAGCAUCUCUGGACCAGUCUAUUGCUACGACAGUAUGAAGGAAUUACAGUGUUGAAUGCAACGCUCAAAGUGGCAUUGACGGAAUUGAAAAACAUGGAACGAAGUCAGCUACUUCAAGCACAACCAGAGGACAGAUUAUCCCUCUCUCUGGCUCAUCCCGGUGACCUGCUCAACAACAAUAAGGAAGCUCCCAAGCUGGCCACUGUUGGGAAACCACCUCUGAAUCCAAAACAACAGCGCCAUCAACCUGCCAAGUCCAUGCCAAACAUCCUCUUAUCGCCCGAGGAUAUUGCUGCAGCUGUUGUUUCCGGCAAUCUACAACCACAAAGCAUGACGCCAUCAGUCGUCUCCACCAAAAAGCAACCUCUCUAUGAGACCACUCUCACGGGACGCGAGCUAGAUGCCAUGCUGCUCAAGAUUGAAGCGGCUCGACGGCGUCUUAAUAUCAGCAGCACCACGUUUCAAGAUAUGCUGGCCGCCCAGAUUGUCAUGCUAGAACCCACUUCCAUGGAUGUUUCAGAGGAUGGCAUGGAAGACGAUGAGGCCAGCAAGGCUGUGGAAGAUAAGUGGUUGAGCCAUUUUUUGAAUCUGAUGAGUACCUUUCUGUACAUGACCAACUACUAUGUCGUCGCUCCAACUUCGGGGCGUUACGCGGAAAUUUGGUGGACCAGCUAUUCCUACAAGUCGGCUCUGGUGUUUGCCAGCACUUGCAGCAUUGUUGGAAAUUUGUUUUAUGCCCUUGGCUUGCCAUGUCAAAGCCUGACUUUUGUCAUGAUUGGACGUCUCUUGAAUGGUUUUGGGAGUGCUCGCAGCAUCAACCGACGCGCCCUUGGGAUGGCAGCUGGGCCCGCAAUUGCCAGUUUGCUUCACAUUGGAUAUUCCGAGAGCAGCGAUGACCGAAUUGGCAGUCUACACAUGCACACGGAAGAGACUUUUGUCGGUGCUGAUGGUGUCACUACCACGACCACGAACGACGAUGUGACAGUCUUGGGUACCACCACGAACGUUAACCCAUGGUGGACGCCGGAGAAUUCUCCAGGGUGGGUUCUUUUUGUUGUUUGGUCCGUCUUCUUGGUGCUGUUGUUGUUACAUUUUGAAGAUCCCCCCAAACAUUCAUCAUGCAAACAAGCAGCGACAGAACCGGCGCCGUCAAACGCGAUUGAAAACGGGGCAACACCAGAGGAAAAGAAGGCUCUCUUGGGCGACAAACAAGAAGAGAGAGAUACCAAUUUGGGAAGCUUUGAUAGCGAUGUGGAUAGCCCAGUAGAAGUGCCUCUUUGGAAGAAUAUCCCAGUGAUGACGACAUUUGUGAUAUACUUCAUCUUGAAACUGAUCUUGGAAUGUAUCCUCAGUUCCACGUCAACUCUGACCAACUGGUACUUUAAGUGGGACUCCUCCGUUUCCGGAAUCUACUUGGCAAUUCUUGGGUUGUUGAUGUUGCCGGCCAACCUUGGAAUCUCAAUCCUUGCCCGUAAACACGACGAUCGCGAGCUCAUCUUUGGAUGUGAGGUUGCCAUGCUGGUGGGAUGCUGCGGUAUCAUCCAAUACACUGAGGCGACAAACUACACGCCGAUUCAGUAUGUGCUCUUCAGUGUUGUGAUUUUCUUGAGCACCAAUGGGUUGGAAGGCCCAAAUAUGAGUUUGCUAAGCAAGACAAUCCCUAAAAGUUGGAGCCGAGGUAUAUUCAAUGUAGGACUUUUGGCAACCGAGGCCGGUACGUUCGGCCGUGCGGUGGGAGAUCUUUUGCUCAGUGCUUGGGGUUUCGAGGGUGUUGGGACUCUUUUGAACCAUACCUUCCGUACAAUGUCCAUAUGCUCUGCCUUCUCUCUUGCGCUUACAAUGUACUUCUAUGAAGACUUGGAGCCUCACGAACAGGACGACUAA